UGUUUACAACUCUUGUUUUUGUUGUGCCUAGUUAAAUAUUAAAAAAUUACGAAAAAUUAACUAAAAAACUAAUACCAAUAAUGGAUAAUUGUAUAGUUUGCUGUAAAUCAAAUGAAGAUAUAUUUUCACGUAUUACAACCGUAUCUAGUGAAUGGAAAGAAUGGAAUAUACAACGUAUUAUAGAGAAACAUUUAUGGUGGUGGUAUUUGAGGCCAGCCACUAGUAAUGGAGUUGAACAGUGGAUAUGUCGUCAAUGUUGGCAGGAGUUAUCAACAUUUCACAACUUUUACAAUAAAGUUGAGAAAGAACAAAGGCUGUAUGAUAGAUUUUUAAUAUCAAACAUAAAAACUGAUAACGAAAAUAUUUCAUCGUCUGUUGAUAUAAAAGUGGAGGAGCAGAAUUUUGAGAAUGAAGCAUCAAUACUUACAGAAAACCUAAUGCAUUUAGAGAAACCCAAACGGGGAAGAAAAAAGAAGAGUGUAGAUAAAACAGAAAGCUUAAAUAUAGAGGAAUUAGCCGUUGUAAAGGUUAAGAGUGAAAAUGACUUAAAUGAUAACACUGUUGAUGAGGUGCCUGCAGUCGCUGAGGUAAAUGUAAAUGCUUUAGUAGCUGAUGAAGUGACUUCGAUAGAUUGGGAGCAUUGUUUUAUAAAUGAUAGUGCAGCAGAUGACACAGAUGAGGAAGAUUACGAACUCAAGGAAUCGGAAGAUGACGAUAAACUUAAUAUAUUACUAAAAACAAGAGCAUCACGCAAAGGUCCAACAAAAACUAAAACUGUUACAAAAUUUAGAAAAAAGUAUACAAAAUCUAAAAAGGAAAAGAAAGUAAAAGUUGUAAAGAUUACCAAUUCAAAUGUCUCGGAAGCUAUGAAGAAAAAUGAUGAAUUUCUGGCAGACAAUAAUUUUGUAUUGUCCUGUAGUAUUUGCAGUGCGUCUCUGGGUACAUUUUACAAGCUUAAGAAUCACUUUCGAAAAGAACAUGACAUUUUGGGUUAUGCCAUGUGUUGUAAUAAGAAAUUCUAUAAACGUGGCGUCUUGGUUGAUCACAUAAAUGUCCAUAAAGACCCCAAUUAUUUUAAAUGCCUGCAAUGUGAUAAAGCGCUAUCAACUCGUCGCAGUUAUGAAAAACACAUGGAAACUCAUCAAUUAUACGAAAGUCAGCAAAACUUGUUUACUUGCGAUAAAUGCGACAAGUCUUUCUUGAAAAAGGCAGUUUUUGAUCGCCACGUCUUAACACAUGUUCCUGAAGAGGAGAGAAACUUUCAGUGUAGCAUGUGUGAUAAGAAAUUUGCCUCCGAAUAUCUGCGUAAACAACAUGCCUCUUUAACACACUCCAAAAAAUACGCAAAAAUUUGUGAUAUGUGUGGAAAAUUGCUGCGCGAUAGUUUCUCGUUUAUACGUCACAUGGCAGAGCAUAAUGGAGAAACACCAGCAAAAGUUAAAUGUGAUAUUUGUGGGGCAGAGUUAACAAACAAAUAUCGCCUAAAUCGUCACAAGAAAAUGAUGCAUACCGAAGAAAAUCAACAAGAACAAAUAUGUCCUUAUUGUUCAAAGAUAUCGCCCAAUUUGAAUGCCCAUAAACAUCAUGUUAAAUACGCGCAUACUUUAGAACGUAAACAUGCCUGUCAUAUGUGCGAUAAGAAAUUCCGACGUCCUUUAGAAUUAAAGGAACACCUAAGCACACAUACCGGAGAGCCAUUAUAUACUUGCCCCCACUGUCCGCGUACAUUUAUAUCCAGUGCAAAUAUGCAUAAACACCGUAAACUAACGCAUCGAAAGGAAUGGGAAGAGGGAAAAAUGAAAAGGGAAGCAAAAGCAUUGGCAGGCAAACAGUUUCUUAAAUCUGUUAUCGCAUCUCAAAGUGAAACACCCUAUACAGGAAUUUCUAUAAUGGAGCCUGUUGGCAAUGAAACGGUACCAAAUUUAGCAGUGAUGAACUUUUGAGAAUAAAUUUAAACUUAAUUGAAUAGAGGGAGAAAUCAAACAUACAUA